CUGAACUCCGAUAAACAAAAAAAAAACAAUCAUAUCACAGACGUCACAAGUAUUAUUCACAAUUCUCUGGAUAUCUCAACCAGAUCCAGUAAUUUCUCACAGCAAUGGAGUUCAAAGUGUCAGCCCCUGGUAAAAUAAUUCUGUACGGUGAGCACGCAGUUGUCUACGGUAAAACAGCAGCAGCAGCGAGUUUAGAUCUGAGGACAACCCUGGAGUUCAAGGAACUCGACGACGAGGUGAUCACUCUGUCGAUGCCAAAAGUACGAUUGCAAAUUAAUAUCUCCGUUAAUGAGAUAGUGAAUUAUUUCCUGUCGAAUGACUGUCCAGAGUUCCUGGAUCAUGAGAAUUUUUACCCACACGUGCAGAAGUUCGUCGAGAGAAUUGGUUACACGAAUCUCCAGCAGAAGCUAGCGCUCGAAGCAUUUUUCUACCUUUUGAUUGGGAUUGCCCAGGUGGAGGGGCUGAGAGUGAGGCCUUUCAGGGUGACGAUGGACUCAGCUCUGGCCAUUUCCUCGGGCCUUGGCAGCUCUGCAUCAUUCGCUGUAUGCAUUGCCACCUGUUUUCUUCAUCUGUCUCGGGUACAGAAGAACGAGGUGUCCUGUCUUGAUGGCAAGCAGCUGGAGAGCAUCUCCAGGUUCGCCUUCAGCUGUGAGAAGAUCAUGCAUGGGACACCCUCUGGAAUUGACAACUCUGUAUGCACUUAUGGAUCGAUUAUCGAGUUCAGAAGGGGUGAAGUUCUUGAGCCCAUCUUGGGGGCAAAACAGAUGAGAGUUCUUCUGGUGGAUACUAGGGUCCAGAGGAGUACGAAAGCCCUGGUUGAUAAAUUAGGGGAACUCAAGAGGAGAUACCCCAGUAUCUUUGGACCUGUCCUCGAAGCCAUUGAUCAGGUGUCCAAGGAAGCUCUUCUGGUCAUCAAGAGGCUCAGGAAUUUAUCAGGAGAAGACGAGGGCAUCCACACCAAUUAUCAACAGUUGAUGACACUGAUGGAAGUCAAUCAAGGUCUUUUGGCCACAUGUCAAGUGUCUCAUCCCUCGUUGGAUCGAAUCUGUGCUGAAGCUAAGAAUUAUGGACUAGCUGCUAAAUUAACUGGUGCUGGAGGCGGUGGUUAUGCCUAUAUUCUGCUCUUACCAGACACUCCAACAGAAACAAUUACAAGUAUAUCGAAAAAACUUAUUGCCAAUGGUUACCUCAUCACUUUAACGAACCUAGGAGGUGCUGGAGUCCAGCUGCACACAUCAUGAUCAAAUUUAUCACAAGGUAUCAUCUAGGCCUCGAGUUGUACAUCUGUUUCGAUUCAUUUCGAAGAAGAUUUUUUAUUUGAAAAAUUUAUUUCUUCAGUAAUACCACCUUCAUACAAUUUGUUAAUGUAUUCUCACUUCUGGACUCGGAUGAUACCUUCAUUAUUUAUUAUUAACAUCAGAUUCAGGUAAGGUUAUCGAACAAUCUAGACGUGGGACGUUUGGUUAUCGAUUUUAUACAGAUCUACGGGCGGUUUUGAUUUAUUUACUUACAUGAUUCAAUGGGUCAACUCAUUAUACAAUUCUUUUUGUUUAUUUUGUAUACAAAAUAGUGGUUAUCGAUGAAUUAUUAAAUUGGAUUAAACAAAUGUGUUUACUUGUGCUUGACAAAUGAUUUUUCACAGACGUAUGGAAAAAUUUUGCAAAAAAACUCUGAGAAACGUUUAAAAAUGUAAAAAAUUUCUUGUAUAAAUUAAAUUUUUGUUGUAAUGAUUCGUGUAUUUAGAGGAUUUAAUAUAAAUAAUCGUGACGCUUAAUUUAAAACAAUUACAAUCACUAGUAAACCAAUAAAUGCACGGAAAAAAUUGUUUAAAAAAUGAUAAAAAGAUGAAGGAAGCUUCAAUAAAAAAUUUAUUAAACACAGAUUUUUUAUAAAACCAUAAGUUUCACAUAAAAUUUUACAAUUUGAUUUUUUACGACGAAAACGGACACAAGAUUUUCUCUACUUGAAAUUUUCCUCAAUUGUUGUUAAAAAAUGAAUUCACAUGAGUCCAGAAAAUCUUACAAAAUUUUUCCACACGUUUUUCCUAUUUCUCUCCAUUUUCAGCUUCAUCAGUUUAUUUCAUCCAGAUGCUAAUUAUGAGUUAAUCUAUUGAGAAUUAUGUAGUACGAGUUAAUUAUUCUACUUAAUCUACUGGAGAUUUACAGCUACGAUAAAUACUGCAUGAUUAGGAACGACGAAAUUUAAUUUGUUAUGUACAAAAUCAACAAUUAAUGCGGCAAUUCUGCUCACAAUAAAUAAGUACUUAUAUUAUAAACAAUGCCAGCGAAUUACAGAAACCCUGAGGUCUCGAGGAUGCAAAAUGGGGAUUAGCUAAAUUAAUCACAACAGCCAUUUUCUCAUUAAUAUUCACGAUGAUAUUCGCCUUCACACCCAAUUAUUUAUUAAAUAGUCAUUAAUUCAAUUAUGAAACCAUUCAACAAGAAAACCCUUUUACUAAGAAAUUCUACUGAAUUUCCACUGGAACUCUGAAAAUUCUAUUGAAAUUCAUUUCGAAUUCUAUGAACUAAUUCUAUUUGUUAGAGAUAUUUGUCGGAAAAUAUCUAUAAAUAUCGACAUUCCAAAAUUAUUCCAGGGGAUUUUUUCUACAAAACAAAAAUUUAUGGAUUUUUUAAAAUAAAAUUUCCGUAGAAUUUCUUAUCAAAAGAGUUUUUCUAUUAAUUCGUCUCGUGCGAAGUAUAUUCCAGAUUGUUUUAAUCUAAAAUUCUCCAAGACUAUCGAACUAUUUUCACUUUUUCUUCUAUCAAGACGUUUUCUUUUUUGAUUUCCAUCACAUCGUAAUCGACACAAAAUAAAAAAGGGAAUGCGUCGUGCAUUGAAG